CGGUCAUGUCAGUCAGCAUGAUAGAGUCUAUGAAGAAGGGAAGAAGGGAGGGCAGCAACUCCUGCAUUUUGACAUUUACACACUUUACACACAUCUAACCAGUACCUUUAAGUCGUUACCUGAACUCAGCGAUUAGUCGUGGCCAUUGCUUAUUUUAACUUGAUUUUUAUGUGGAGGAGGAGAUGAAAGGGGCUUGUCCAACUCAACUUCAAUUAUGGGAACAGACACCUGCCGCGACCAGGCGCGGCUAACGCGCUAACAUUAGCCGUCAGAGGGAGUUCAAAAGUACAAACCAGCAUACCAGGACGACAUGGAGUGGUGACAGCACACAGGAAACCUGGAUUAUAAAACUUGUUGGGAAUAUCAUCGUAUUCAAACGGAGAUAUUUGAACCUUACGUGUGCUGAUGUAACUAGUUUUGGUGGGAGUUGCUGUAUUUGGGAUCAUGUCUGUGACUGAACUCUACUCUAAGUACACCCGGGUUUGGAUCCCUGACCCAGAAGAUGUCUGGAAGUCGGCUGAAAUCAUCAAGGAUUAUAAAGAGGGAGACCCAGUGCUUAACCUCAAAUUAGAAGAUGAAACGACGUUAGAAUAUUCAAUUGGUCCCAAAGACAAUCCACUUCCAUUUCUUCGGAAUCCUGAUAUUCUGGUAGGAGAGAAUGACCUCACGGCUCUCAGCUACCUCCACGAGCCUGCUGUCCUCCACAACCUCAAGGUCCGAUUCCUCGAGUCCAAUCACAUUUACACUUACUGCGGGAUUGUUCUGGUGGCCAUCAACCCGUAUGAGCAGCUUCAGAUCUAUGGAGAAGAAGUCAUCAAUGCAUACACCGGCCAGAACAUGGGGGACAUGGACCCUCAUAUAUUUGCUGUGGCAGAGGAAGCGUACAAACAGAUGGCCAGAGAUGAAAAGAACCAGUCGAUAAUCGUGAGUGGCGAGUCUGGAGCCGGUAAAACGGUUUCCGCAAAGUACGCCAUGCGCUUCUUCGCCACAGUGGGAGGUUCAGCGAAUGACACCAACGUCGAAGAGAAAGUACUGGCCUCCAGCCCCAUCAUGGAGGCCAUUGGGAAUGCAAAAACCACCCGCAAUGACAACAGCAGCCGCUUCGGGAAAUACAUCCAGAUCGGCUUCGAUAGGAGAUAUUACAUCAUCGGUGCCAACAUGCGAACAUAUCUGCUUGAGAAGUCCAGAGUAGUAUUUCAGGCUGAGGACGAGAGGAACUAUCACAUCUUCUACCAGCUCUGUGCUUCAUCCUCUCUGUCAGAGUUUAAAGAUCUUUCCUUGACCAGCGCAGAAGACUUUACCUACACGUCUCUUGGUGAGAACAUUUUUAUUGAAGGCGUGAAUGACGCUGAGGACCUUGUGAAGACAAGAGAGGCUCUUACAAUGCUUGGUGUGAAAGAGAUCCAUCAAAUGAGCAUCUUUAAGAUAAUUGCCUCCAUCUUGCACCUGGGGAACGUGGGGAUCAUGUCAGAGAGAGAUGGAGAAUCCUGCCAUAUCAAUAGGGACGACACUCAUUUGCAUAAUUUCUGUCGGCUGCUGGGUAUAGAGCAGGAGCAGAUGGAGCACUGGCUGUGCCGCAGGAAGCUGGUGACCACUUCCGAGACCUAUGUGAAGAACAUGUCACAUGCCCAGGCGGUCAAUGCCCGAGAUGCCCUGGCCAAACACAUUUACGCCCAUCUCUUUGACUGGAUCGUGGAGCACAUCAAUAAGGCCUUGCACACCUCCACCAAACAGCACUCCUUCAUCGGUGUGCUGGAUAUCUAUGGGUAAUGCUUUUUCAAAUUGAAUGUAUUUGAUGCAUUUAACUAAUACUGCACAUCAUAUACCCCUCAGCAUGUGUUUAAACUGGAGCAAGAAGAGUAUAUGAAGGAGCAGAUCCCCUGGACGCUUAUAGAUUUCUAUGAUAACCAGCCGUGCAUUGACCUCAUUGAAGCCAAGCUUGGUAUUCUGGACCUUCUUGAUGAAGAGUGUAAGGUGCCUAAAGGAACGGAUCAAAACUGGGCGCAGAAGCUGUACAGCAAGCAUUCAAACAGUGGGCAUUUCGAAAAGCCCAGGAUGUCCAACAGGUCAUUCAUUGUGGUCCACUUUGCAGAUAAGGUUGAAUAUCAGUGUGACGGCUUCCUGGAGAAGAAUAGAGACACUGUUUAUGAGGAGCAGAUAAACAUCCUCAAGGCCAGUCAGUUCCAGCUGGUUGCAGAUCUCUUCCAUGAUGGUAAAGAUUCUGGUCCUCUCUCAGCCACCAGCAAGAGCUCCAAGAUCAACGUCCGGCCUGCCAAACCAGUUCCAAAAGGCCACAACCGUGAGCACAGAAAAAGUGUGGGCACCCAGUUCAGGAACUCUCUACAUCUUCUGAUGGAAACGCUGAAUGCUACCACCCCUCAUUAUGUGCGCUGCAUUAAACCCAAUGAUUAUAAGGAAUCCUUUGUGUUUGAUUCUAGAAGAGCUGUUCAGCAACUGCGAGCAUGUGGAGUUCUCGAGACUAUCCGCAUCAGUGCCGCCGGGUAUCCCUCCAGGUGGACCUAUCCAGAUUUCUUCAGCAGAUAUCGGGUGCUCAUGACACGGAAGGACAUGACCAUUGGCGAUAAGAAGCAAGUUUGUAAGAACCUGCUGGAGACCUUAAUCAAGGAUCCAGAUAAGUUCCAGUUUGGAAAGACAAAGAUUUUCUUCAGGGCAGGUCAGGUGGCCUAUCUGGAGAAGCUCCGAGCUGAUAAGUUCCGCUUCGCCUGCAUUAAGAUCCAGAAGACAGUGCGAGGAUGGCUGCAGAGAGUUCGGUACCGCAAGAUCCGCAAGUCUGCUAUAACUCUGCAGAGAUAUGGCCGGGGUUACUUGGCACGCAGAUAUGCAGAGAUGCUUCGUCUGACCCGAGCAGCACUUAUUUGUCAGAAGCAGUACCGGAUGGUACGAGUUCGACAGGAGUAUUUGAGGAUCCGGCGGGCUGUGAUCACCAUUCAGGCAUUUGCCCGGGGCAUGUUCAUACGCAGGUUAUAUCAGGAGUUCUUGCUCCAUCACAAAGCCAUGAUUAUACAGAAGACCGUCCGUGGUUGGCUCGUGAGAAAGAAGUAUCUCCAUGCCCGAAAUGCUGCCAUUGUCAUCCAGUGUUUCUACCGCCGCGUACGUGCCAAGCGCCAGCUCAAACAGCUUAAGAUAGCGGCCCGUUCGGCCGAACACUUUAAAAAUCUCAAUGUCGGAAUGGAGAACAAGAUCGUGCAGCUCCAGAAGAAGAUGGAUAACCAGUCAAAAGAGCAUAAAACUCAGAACGAGCAGCUGAAUGUUACUAACACUGCUCUGGGAUCAGAGGUCACUAAGCUCCAGAAAGAACUGGAGACUCUCCGCAUUCGGCAGACUGCUGGCACUCAGGUGACAUCACUGCAGGAAGAGCUUGAGAAGUUGAGGGUGGAGCUUCAGGAAGCCCACGCCCAGAGGAAGCAGAUAGAGGAGGAGUUCAGCAACGAGAAACAAGGACUCGAACAGAGGGUGGAGGAGCUGGAGAAAGAGAACACGCUCUUGAAGAAGGAGAAAGAAGAGGUGAACCGCAAAAUCCAGAACCCCACUCAGGGUCAGGGCAGCGAUGCGUCUCCGAAAGAGACCCGUCUGCAAGUUGAACUGGAUGAGGAGAGACAACGAUAUCAGAACCUGGUGAAAGAAUAUUCCAGACUGGAGCAGAGAUACGAAAAUCUGCAGGAGGACUUGUCCUCCAUGAAGUUCCAUCCUGGCCACCGGAGGAACCCCUCUAACCAGAGCAGUCUGGGCUCCGACUCCAACUACACUUCCAUCAGUAUUUCCGAGGUGGGAGACACUGAUGACACCAUCCAGCAGGUGGAGGAGAUGGGCAUAGAGAAGGCUGCCAUGGACCUCAGCGUUUUCAUGAAGUUACAGAAGCGUGUACGAGAGCUGGAGCAGGAAAGAAAGAGGCUGCAGACCAAUCUAGAGAAAGUAGAGGAACUGAGCAAACGCAAGGGAAAUGAGCCCAAGAGCUCCACGUCAGAGGAGGAUAUAAAUGCAGACCUGGCCUACAACAGUCUGAAGCGGCAAGAGCUCGAGACUGAGAAUAAGAAGUUGAAGAAUGACCUGAACGAGUUGAGGAAAGCGGUGGCCGACAGGGCCUCUGAGAACAACUCAUCCAAUGAACUUCAAGAGGGCUACAACCUGCUGCUGAAUCAGCUCAAAGCGGCCAAUGAAGAGCUGGAUGUGCGCAAGGAGGAGGUCCUCAUGCUCAAGACCCAAAUCGUGAACUCCACGAGGCAGUCAGAGAACAUAAACCACAUUGACUCCAAUGAUGUAUCAGAAUGGACCAACAACAAGAAGCCUGUGGACACUGUUGAUGCACCUGAUUUAAAGAAUAAAGCACAAGACUGGGGUUAUUUGAAUGAAGAUGGGGAGCUUGGCCUGGCCUACCAGGGUCUAAAGCAAGUUGCCAGGCUGCUGGAGGCCCAGCUUCAGACGAAGUCUCGACAGCACAAGGAUGAGUUAGAGGCUCUCCACACGCAAAUCGAACUGCUGAAGGACAGUCUGGAGAAGAAGCAGGAAAUGCUGGACCACUUUUCUACACUUUCUCCUGAAGCUCUGGUGGAGUUCAGCGUGCAGCAGGAGAUCACGCGCCUCACCAAUGAAAACCUAGAUCUAAAGGAACUUGUCGAGAAGUUGGAGAAGAAUGAGAAGAAGCUGAAGAAGCAGUUGAGGAUCUAUAUGAAAAAAGUGCAAGAGCUGGAAGUGUCUCAGGCCACUAGGAGCAGCAGACCAGAGCUGACUCGUCAGGUCACUGUACAGAGGAAAGACAAGGACUUUGAAGGCAUGCUGGAGUACUACAAAGAAGAUGAGGCUUUAUUGGUCAAGUCAUUAAUUACAGAUAUGAAGCCCAAUGUGUUGUCCGCCACUGUCCCCUGCCUUCCUGCCUACAUCCUCUUCAUGUGUAUCCGUCAUGCUGACUACAUCAACGACGACCAGAAAGUUCAUUCACUCCUUACCACAACCAUCAAUGCCAUCAAAAAGGUCCUGAAGAGAAACAGCGAUGACUUUGAGAUGACCUCCUUCUGGCUGGCAAAUACCAGUCGACUUCUGCAUUGUCUGAAGCAGUACAGCGGGGAUGAGGCGUUUAUGAUGCAGAACAUUGCCAAGCAAAACGAGCACUGCCUGAAGAACUUUGACCUGGCUGAGUAUCGGCAGGUUCUGAGUGACCUUUCCAUCCAGAUCUAUCAGCAGCUCGUCAGAAUAGCGGAAGGCAUCAUGCAACCCAUGAUUGUUUCUGCCAUGCUUGAGAGCGAGAGCAUCCCCAGCCUGGCCGGAGUGAAGCCCAUGGGCUACAGGAACCGCUCCUCUAGUUUGGACUGUGAGAGUGGAGGUCCAGCGGGCUACACACUGCAGGCCCUGGUCAAGCAGCUGGGACAGUUUUACACCAUCAUGGCGGACCACGGCCUGGACCCUGAGAUCAGCCAGCAGGUGGUUCGCCAGCUCUUCUACUCCAUCAAUGCAGUGACCCUGAACAACCUGCUGCUGCGCAAAGAUGUCUGUUCUUGGAGUACCGGCAUGCAGCUCAGAUACAACAUCAGUCAGUUGGAGGAAUGGCUGAGAGGAAAGAAUCUGCACCAGAGUGGAGCCGUAGCCACCAUGGAACCUGUUAUCCAGGCCGCCCAGCUGCUGCAGGUGAAGAAGAAGACCUCCCAAGAUGCUGAGGCCAUUUGCUCGCUCUGUACCGCCCUCAGCUUACAGCAGAUUGUGAAGAUCCUCAACUUGUACACGCCACUCAAUGAGUUUGAGGAACGAGUGACUGUGUCUUUCAUAAGAGACAUACAGAAUCGCCUCCAAGAUCGUAUAGAAAACAACCAACUACUGGUAGACACUAAGUACACCUUCCCUGUGCUCUUCCCCUACACUCCAUCAGUGCUCAGUCUGGAAAGCAUACACAUCCCUGCCUCCCUCAGCCUGGACUUCCUCACACGGGUCUGACAUCUCAGUCUCUCGGUCUCACUCUGAGCUCUACCUGCAGCGGGCCCUUCGCAGAUCUGCUAACCCACAUACUAACACCACCAUACGUAUGGGAUUUAUAGUAUCCACAUUUAACAAGACGGACAAUCUCCCUGACUGACUAACUGUGGUGUUGAGACACGCUUUCAAUAAGGGGGAUACGAAGUCUAAAUGAUGCAGGUGUAAAUAAGCUUUGACUUUUCUUCUAUAACAUUCAACCAGUUCUCUCUAGGCUCCCAUUUAAUAGAAUCAAGGCUAUUGUUAUAGAAAGUUAAAACACUAUAUUUGGAUUGGGAUGUGUUUGUCUGUGACUAAUUCUUAUGAUUAAAUAAGUUUAAUCUAAAUUAAAUAAAAGGGUUUUGGGCUACUGACAUGAAAAACUAAUGUGAGAUGUAUGUGUCCGUACUCAUGUAUCUGUAUUAGUAUGCACUGAUUUCUUUGUGUUUGUAAUGGAAAAGUGUCUUAUUUCCCUUGCUUGUGCUGGAGCACGGUUUCAUCUCAGAAACGUGGGCUCCCACUGAAGCAACAUCACCAUCUCCAUUUUUUUUUUUCUAAGAGAACUUUUAAAAUUGGCUGCCAAGAUUAAUUCUCGCAACCUCUAGCAAAAAGAAGCAGGAGAUCUCUGCAUUGCAGUUGCUCUUGCCUGUGACCAAUCUGGAUUGGACUCUCUGAACAGGGUCUUUUUAAGCUUUUUUUUCUCCCCACGUGUUGAAGAAACGGAUGCGGAGACUUGGGACCCUGAAUGACAGGGCCAGCAAAUGUGGCA